GAAAUUAUGCCAACAUCUUCUUCAGUAUUGCUGAUCAUCUGCAGCUGUACAGCUUCUGGCAUUUUUCUCUCGGAAGUAGGGGCUGCUUUUCUUCCGAAAAAGGGACUGGCACCUUACCUCACCAGGGAACGAGUUUUUGUUGAGCCAGAUAAACGGCCAUUUUGUAAUGCUUUCACAGGGUGCGGUAGGAAGCGAUCCAACCUUCCCGCUCUAGCCGACAACGGCGAGGAAAUGGACGAAUCGAUCAACAGCCUGCUAGAGUUGAGCGCCGAACCCGCCGUGGAGGACCUCUCGCGGCAAAUAAUGUCCGAGGCGAAACUGUGGGAGGCCAUCCAGGAGGCGAACGUGGAGCUGAACAGACGGAAGUCGCCGCUAGAUGGCAUGCAGGCUGAUGAGGCGGUGCCUGCCAAGAGCGCUGUAGCCAGUUGCGCGCUACCGCCAUGUUACAUUUAG